ACUCCGGGUGUUCCUAAUGUCAAGCGAAGUCAACGAACUGUUGAACUUGGCGGUUCUAAAUAGUAUUUUAGCAGCGAAACCCCAAAAUGCCCCCAAAAAAGCGCGAUAAAGAUAAUGAAACAAAUAAGAGUACAAAAAUAGAUCAUUUACAAGCGGACCAUGAGUUAUUUUUGCAAGCAUUCGAAAAACCUACUCAAAUUUAUAGAUUCCUUCGUACCCGUAACAUGUUAUCGCCUAUAUUUCUUAAUCGAACUUUAUCAUAUAUGAAAAGGAGAAUGUCGAGAAGCAAUAAAACACGUAUAGGUUUUAGUGUAGAUUCAUUAUUAGAGAGAAUUACUCAAAAGAAGAGUACCGAUUUGCAACCAAAUAGUCUAGGAGGUUAUAUGACCUUAACAUUCUUAGGAUUUUACGAUAAAAGCCUAGGUGACUCCAGGGACUAUCAAGUUAAAGUAGAAACUCUCUUGUUAAAAAUUUGCCACAAGAAAAGAAAGGAAAGCUCAUCUGCCAUAGUGGAAGUUUCAGUUGGAAGCUGUUCUGUACCAUUAAACCCAUCAUCAUCAGAGCCACCUGCAAUGGCCUCUGCUGUUAGUAUAGCUAGUGAUACAUUUAGCCCAUCACAAGGCCCUAAUGUGAAGUCCUACAUGCUUAUGUUAAGAGUGACAGUUACUAAAUCCAUACCGAGCUCCAACACAAAUGGAUCAACUGCAGCUGAAAUAACAAAUGGGUCUUCAUCUGAUGAUGAACCUCUAACAAAACGCAUAAAACCUACAGAUGUGAAUACUAAUUCAGAUAAUAAGUGGAGCAAACUCUAUGGUAGUGAACUGAUUGUGUAUGACAAACAUAAUAGAUGUCUAUUAACAAAUGGGGAAUAUGAUUUAGUACUACAUGAUGCUACACCAGGUGGCAGAAGUGCGACAAUAGCCAGAUCUCCACAUAAAGCCUUGAUGGCCCAAUGGGAAACUAUACCUAAUGAAAAUGAUUUACACACAGAAACAAAUCCUUUUGAUAUAUUUAAAGUGCGUCCACUUUUAAAACUUAAACUUAGUUGGAGUCAAGAGCCAACAAAUGGUCUUGUAAAUAGACCAAAACUCUACCAAGCCAAUGAGACUAACGGAACUAAAAAAGACUCUACUAUUAAUAAGGAUAGACUGUCAACACAGAGGAAUGGAAAUAGCGAAAACAAGAAUAAUGAUAAAAAAGAAAACAAUGGCGAAUCAAAAAGACAACAAAUAAUAUACCAGUUCCUAUACAACAAUAACUCGAGACAGCAAACAGAAGGCUGUGAUGACCUACACUGCCCAUGGUGUUCUUUAGACUGUGGAACUCUGUACUCAUUGCUCAAACACUUGAAGCUAUGCCAUUCCCGAUUUAACUUUACAUACUUUCCAAUACCGGGCGGGGCCCGAAUCGACGUAUCAAUAAAUGAGCUAUACGACGGGUCAUACACGGGUUCACCGCAUGACCUUAUCGCGUCCCAAGGUCGGUCGUCCGCCAGUGGUCCCAGGGCGGGUCCUACCCGUAGGGCCUCACUUACCCAUCUCCUAAUUUGGAGGCCCCGAGCCAGAAGACGAGCUCAGAGGCAUAGCUUAGCUGAGUUCUUGGAGUUGGAUGAUAAUGACGUUCUAGAUGCACAGAGGCCUUAUAUUACUGGACAUAAUAGGUUAUACCAUCACACUAUAACCUGCCUCCCGGUCUACCCCAACGAACUAGACAUUGACUCAGAAAGUGAGACCGACCCUCUCUGGCUCCAACAAAAGACCAUGAUGAUGAUAGACGAGUUCACCGACGUCAACGAGGGCGAGAAAGAAUUAAUGAAGAUGUGGAACCUUCACGUCAUGAAGUACAAUUACGUGGGAGACUGCCAGAUAUCGCUCGCUUGCCAAAUGUUCCUCCAAAUGAAGGGCAAGGAACUAUUAGAGAAGAAUCUCUAUAGAAACUUCAUACUCCACAUGUGUUCACUGCACGAUUUCGGGUUAAUAACCUCCGUGGCGUUGUACCAAACGGUGCAGAUGCUCAAUCAAAUGCUAGCAGACAACGCGGAAGCCAAAGAGAAGAUGCGUGAUUCGCUCAAGGCGCAAAGGGAACAUUGGAACACGGUCGGGAAGUUCCAACAACCGGUCGUGAUUGAGGCGAAACCCCAAACGACCACUGCCAAGUUGAACGUGGAGGCUUCGCCCUCUGUGAGGAGAAAGACUUCGAAUUUACAAAACGCAAAUAGAAUGGCGAGCACUAGUUCCAAUUUUAAAUCGGCCAGUCCGGCCCCGAAUGGGGAAAAGCGGAAAAUGUCUUCCGGAAGUAUUCAGAGCCGGAAACGUUCGUCGAUCUCGGAAAGGAAAAGUUCUGUGUAGCAAAGACUGGUCUUCAAUUUUGAGGCUUCGAUUCAGUGAUAUUGUGUUUAGGAAAUUUUUUUGGGUGAGUAGGUGAGAUUGCAUUAUAUUUCAUUUUACGAAAUCGCCCGAUUUAGUUAUAAGUGUUCCAUUAAAUGGAUAGCAAUAGUUUGCUAAAUUUUCGAUCGUAGAUCUCGCAGUCAAAACAUGGUGCCUAGUGGUUUCAUUUAUCAAUGACUAUGUAUGGAAUUGAAGGGGCAAGAAAUGUGACCCACUCUCGAUAUAUAGAAGUGAUGGCGACUCAUAGUAACAAAAAAGGAUAAUUUUAUUUUUAUACUAUGACCUUACUAUCAAUUUUAAUACUUAUUAAAAAACGAGAGAAUUCGAAACAAAAUGUUUUGCGACAUAAGGAUAGACCGACACCAAUAUUUAUUUACACCAAAUAAAUUACUUUUAAUUCAAUAAUAUCAACUUGAAUUUCCUUAUUUGUAAGUUAGAAUCUAGGACUGAAUAGGGCGUGGUAGCGUUCAGUCUGAUAUAUCUAUGUUGAUAAAGGUUUUAAACGGUGAUUCACUAAUAAACGUAUUGCAAGAUAUUUUCACUUAAGCGAUAAUGUAAUAAUUUUAAUAAAAAUCCCAGAUUAGCAGGAUAGAUCAACUAAUGUUACAAUUGGAGUUGUAGUCUGUUAAAAGUGUUAUUCUAAUAUCGUGGUUUAAUACCAAGACUAAGAGUAUUUUAACAUCUUUAGUUAAACGCAAAACCAAAAUAUCUAUAUGCCUUGUCUGUGGAAUAAAAUCGGGGUAGAUUUUUCACGGAUUUGCAAAGUUUGAUAAAAUCCAUUAUUAAGAAAAUUUAUUUUUUUGUGCUAUAGAUAGAUUUUUGAUUAAAUUGCAUUAAAGUUUCACAGUAACUAUUCUAUGGACUAUCUACUAUCUUAUGGGUCCUAUUUCCGACUGUUCUAAUGCGAAUUUCUGGUUUUUCUAGACGAUAUUAGCUAGGAACGCCUUUAAUACCAUCUAAAGCCCUGUUCCUAUAUUAUAUACGAGUCAUAGUUGUUACGAAUCGUCGAUUUUAUUGACAGCGUAUUGACUGUCCCUCUUUUUUAUAGAAAAACCCACUUGUAAGUAUUAUGUAAGACACCAAGCGUAAGCUAAGCAAAUGUCUCACAAAAAUUGUGAUUGUUAUAAUGACAUAAAUUUGACGCAUGCUUUACUACGGGACUAGUUGCAAAAGGUAUUAAUUUCGCCGAUGGUAUCUAGUAAGAAAUACGGUACAAAAUAAGUUUUUUUUUAAAAUAUAAGUUAUGUGAGUAAUAAAUUCAUGUUAACAUGAAUUUAUUACUUACAUAACUUACACUGACGUUUCAUUUGCUUUUUAGCUACCGUGGUCAAACUUGCGUUUAUAUCCUCAAAGAUCUAUUUAAAUAUAGAACGCGGAAAUCAAAGACAAUAUUGCCUAGACAACUUUUAGUUUUUUUAACAGGUUUAUUCACAGAUUAUACUGUUUUUCUGUGGGCGUUUUCUAUAUGGAAUUCCUCUUAAGUCAUUUUCGUAUAGAAAAUUUUUGUAGUAAAUAUGUGUCAAUGUGAGGUAAUGUGGCUAUAGAUUGCAUAAUAUUAUAAGUCUGUGUGCGGUCCAAAUUGUAAUAAUCGAGUGAAGAUUAUACGACUUUCGUUUUCAUACUUCAGCAACAGCGUAUACCUACAUCUGCUGGCGUUAGGUGAAGAUUCCGAAAUGUGACUUAGCGCUCAGUCUGACGUACGACAAAAAUGUUUUAAAUACGGAAAUACGAUUUUGACAUACGGAAGUUCACGCAGUCUUAGUUUCUGAAUCUCACCUAAGUGUCGAUAGUGAAAUUACUAAACGAUAGUUUUCAUACGUACCCACUACCCAUAACCAUUAAAGCAAGAAUUUGCAAUGAUUUUAAAUUUUCAUCACCAACAAGAUUGUUGGUGAUGAAAAUGAUGAAAGUGAAAGAUCAGUUCCGAAUAUGGAAAAAAUGCUUCGUUUGUGUGCAUAAAAAUUCCCAGUAAUUAGUACUGCUAGUUCUGAAUAGACUAGAUUUAAUAUAGACGAGUUUUGUAUAGUGUAUUUUAAAUUGUCGGUUUUAAAAUGCUUAUACAGGUUGAUUCGUAUUUGCUAUUCGUCUGUACAAAGGAUUAAAAAUAAGUAUUGUAUCGACUGUGGAUGGAUUGUUGAAUUUGUGAUUUAGCCUAGUUGUGUCAGAAAUAGCGUCAAUGUCAAAUUUUUGACUAUCGUGUUCAAAGGGGUCAAUGACCGAUACACAUUUUGUAUCCGUAUGAGAAAAAUAUUGAAUGGUUGCAAUAAGUAAUGAGAUUCCUGUGUUCAAAUAAUGUACAAUUCAAUGUAUGAAGUAAUGAUUAAGCAAUAAGUUAAAGGAAUAUGAUCUGCUAAUCGAACACAAAACAAGACUGUUAAAACUCAUUGCCUUAAUUUCAUAAAAUUUUGAUAGCAAUAAGCUAAACAUUGUACAUUUAAUUUUAUUUCAUAAGUUGUAUAUCCGUUUAAGGAUAUCGUAUUUUGCCCAUAGAACUUUGUUUCUUUAUCCGUUUUCACUAAGAUUGUACUUAGCUAAUGAAUUAUUAAAUAAUUAUUUAAAGUA